AUGAAUUCACUGGGCGAGUUUUGCUCCCUUUUCUGCUGUCCGCCUUGUCCGUCCAGGAUAGUCGCCAAACUGGCGUUCGCACCUCCAGAACCCACCUACAGCUUUUUAGAAGACGAAGGCUCCAAGUUCACGAUAUCUUUAUCAAAAAGAGCCGAGUGGCACUACACGGAACGUGAAAAAGAGUCCAUUGAAGGAUUCUACGCAAGGACAUCCAGAGGAAACCGAAUUGCGUGUCUGUUCGUGAGGUGUUCAGCGACUGCCAGGUUUACGAUUCUUUUCUCCCAUGGCAAUGCGGUGGACCUGGGCCAGAUGUCAAGCUUCUACUUGGGACUUGGCUCCAGGAUCAACUGCAACAUAUUCAGCUACGACUACUCCGGCUACGGAGUCUCUGGGGGAAAACCCUCGGAAAAGAAUCUCUACGCGGAUAUCGACGCUGCUUGGCACGCUCUCAGGACCAGAUAUGGCAUCAGCCCGGAAAAUAUUAUUCUGUAUGGUCAGAGCAUCGGAACAGUUCCGACUGUUGAUUUGGCUGCGAGAUAUGAGGUAGGAGCUGUUAUUCUUCACUCACCGCUGAUGUCCGGGAUGAGGGUCGCCUUUCCUAACACCAAGAGGACUUGGUUCUUUGACGCUUUUCUUAGCAUAGACAAAGUACCCAAAGUAAUGUCACCUGUCUUGGUGAUUCACGGCACGGAGGAUGAUGUCAUUAAUAUCAGCCAUGGUUUAGCGAUAUAUGAAAGAUGUCCUAAAGCUGUUGAGCCACUCUGGGUUGAGCCCGUAGAAGACGAGCAGACAAAUUUAGAUAAAGAAGAACACGACAAGUCUAUUUCAAAUUAUCUAAAUACAAUAAGCCGGGCCAUGUUACUCUGCGACGACGAGCCGUCACCUGAAUCAAGCGACGAGGUAUUUUUUUUCUGUGAAGAGCAAGCAAAUAAUCUUAAUAUAAACAAUAAAUGUGAUGAUUCUAAAGACUCUAAAGAUAAUAAUAAAAUAAUAAACAACUCGUACUCUAAAAGUUCAUCGAUUGAUCAAUCGGUUACCAAGGCUGAUAAUCAAGUUGUUAUUAUUAACAACAAACAAAAGGGUAGGAAAAAUCCUAAUCUGUUUAAUCGCAAGAGAAAUAACAAAAAGUCUCCAGAUAAUCAAGAUUUUUCCAAGGCCAAUUACUCGCUUAAAGAGGUCAAUCCGGAUGAUAAUCAAAAUUUGAGCGAAGUGAGCGAGUCAAUCAGCACCAGCACUACCGACCUUGCAAAUGCUUCAGAAAGGCAGAACGAAGCUACGCAGACCAGCCAGCCAGUGAUGGUGAAGAUCCACGUGGAGAAUUGCUCUCAGUGUCCCGACAAUUUAAUCUCGCAAGAGGCGUCUCCAGUCGCUGGCAAAGACAAUCUGUGCAAAGUUAAAAAAAAGACUGUAGCAGUUCAAGUUAAUUUUAAUUCUAUAGUUAACAAUUCUGUCGCUGACUCGCAUUGUGUGAAAAUAAGCAAGGUACGGUGUUGCAACAAAGCGACUCAGCGUGUGCAGAGCUUGAACUGGGGAAACAAGUGCAAUGACAUUGGUGAUAAUGAUAUUAAUUCAUGGAGUGGCAAAAAUAUGAAGAACCAGUCGACAAAUGCCGGCUCUGGUGUAAUUACCGGGGACAAUAAGGUCAAAUUACACGACAAAAGCAAUUCGGUGGACAGAGCGUCGAUAAAAAGCAAAAAAUUCUCGAACGCAGUCAGCCCGCUGAAGCAGUUCAACCGCUCCUCGCUGACCAUCGGCCCUGACAAGAUAACUGUUAAUCAAAACCUCAACUGCUACAAUAACAUCCGCCCGAUUCCGAGCUACUCUAACAAUCUGUCCAAGUACUCGCCCUGUGCCAGCAGACUGGCAGCCAGCUCCAAGAUUCUCGGGAAUACUUCUCCGACUGCUCUGAGUCCCGAGAGUCCUCUGCAUGGUGCCAGGCCCAAAAGUCCCCGAUUUGGCGACUCGCUCAGUCUCAGUGAUAGCAACAGUCCCAAGGCUCGGCUGCCGCAGGAGAAAAUGACUCUCCAAGCCAGUUUGUCAUUGAACAUUAAUCAGCUUAAAAAGCCGCACUCGACACCGCGUAGUCGCAGCGUAGGUGAUAGUUGCGUGACCUCGCCUACCAGUGAGGCAACUACGCUCAGAUAUUCACCCACUGGAACGGAAAUUCUAUCUCUCGAUGAAAUUGCACGGCAAAAACAACAGAUUAAAAUUCAGAAACACCAUCACAGAUCUAACAGUGUCUCCUUGUCCGCUCCAGACCUUAAAGCCUUGCACACCGACAGGCUCAGCAUGCCAAUUGAUAUUCGUAAGGCCAAUCUUGAGACAAAAUGUUAA